UUUACCUUUCCUGCCUCAGUCGACCGUCUGCACCUUCCCUUCGACCGAAGCAAAAAUAGAAAAUACAAAAAAUCCACCAAGAUGGUGAUUAUUAUUUAGCAAAACUUUUGACCCGCGAAUUUGGUCCGUUUGGCAAGCGUUGUUCACGGUUUGGAAUAGGUCCCCGCGAUCCAAAUUAUACAGUGUUUUACGGAAGAGUGCAAUGUGGGUGAUCGGUGCGUUGGUAGAGUGGAAUUGUUGCGUCUGUGAUUCGGUAACGGAGCCUCGAGAUUUUCCUGUUGAUUACCUUGAAUGCCCCUCCGUUCGUUUGCGCAGAGAAGAGGGAGAUCAGCAGCGAAAAUAUUUUUCUUCAUUUUCGAUGGAUGGGAUUAGGUGAAAUCUAAUGCAAUGGAUCGCUUAUGAUUGCAUGCAGCGAAGACGUGAUUAUUGCAAAAUCGUUCAGGUUCUAGGCAGAUGUCUUGAAACAUUUGUGCUGGCGGAAUAUAAUUUGGCUCUGAAAAUAGAUGUGUUGGAAAAUAGAUUUAUCAAUAAAACCAAAGUUUCUACAGUGGUGACGCAAAACAACCAGAAGAAAGAGCAGAAGCACUUGGUAAGUGCGGCAUAAACAGUGGUGGUGUGUGGAACAACUAGUAUAGUUAGUGUCUUGCAAGGGUGCAGGGGGAAGAAAUAUGUCGGACGAUUCGUCCUCGUCGUGUCAGCAACAACAGCAGCAAACCCAAGCGAAAAAGGAUGAAAAUGAAUCGAAAGAUGAUCCGCAACAAACUGCCGUCCCACAGACCCAGAACCAACCUCAGCAACAGCAGCAGCAGUCAUCCAAGUGGGUCUGCGAGUAUUGCACCUACGAGAACUUCCCGCUGUCGCUGAAGUGCACCAUGUGCAAGGGACAAAAGCCGCUUCUGAAUGAGGAUAUUUUUAGAUUAAGUCCUACGCAGCAGUUGAGUACAACGAAAAGAUCAACCUCAAACCUAGCCAGUGGAUCGUCGGUUAUAUCUCCUACAAGCGAUGGCGACAGCGUCCAAAAAUGGUUCUGCAGUACUUGUACAUACCUUAAUCAAUCCCAUGCUCGACGUUGCCUACAAUGCAACAGCAAACGGGAAGAUGAAAUACUGAUCAAACAGUUAAAGCCUUUACCCGAAAAAUCCACGCCAUCGAAAGUAAUUUCCGAAUACGAUAGCCUCAGUGACCAGUUGAACGCUCUUAACGUUUGUCGAAGUACUGGUGAAGAUGAUUUGUUGGAAUUAUUCCAUCCCGGCAACGAUAAAGCUCGAAAACGGAGAAAUAACUCACCUCUCAGUAAAAGUUCCACCGCUGCGGAGCGACCCCUAGAUGGCUUGAAAGAAAGUGAUUCGAGUAGCGGAGGUGCCAAACAUCAGUCACCGACCUCGAUUUCCCCAGUGAGCACUUGCCCUCGCUCUUCGAGCACGGUUGGCAAAUGGUCCUGCUCUGUUUGUACUUACGAGAAUUGGCCAAAAGCCUUGAAGUGCUCAAUGUGCUUACACCCGAGGGAAACAAACAGCGGCCGCAACAGCCAAGCCUCCGCCAAGCAUUCGCCAGAACACGAUGAGAACGUGGCUAGCAACAUCGUGGUUAACAACAAGCGAAACCAACAAUUGGCUCGUGAACAGGAACCAAUGAACAAUCUGGACGUAUAUCAACAGGAACGAUAUAUGCGCCAACUGAGGCGGCAACCAGAUUGGCAAUGGCUCAACGCUUGCAUUGGGAUAGCGGAGAACAACGUGGGCGCCGUGGAAAGUUAUUUAACUUGCGGAGGAGAUGCGGGUAGAGCUCUGACCACGGCAGAAGUUAACCUAUUGAAUAAUAGCAAUAUUGCUUUCGAUGUUGGCCACACCCUAAUCCAUCUUGCUAUUCAAUUUCAUCGAGAUGAAAUGUUACCACUGCUUCUAGCUCAAAUCUCAGGGUCCGGCCCAGGUAUCAAACGGGUACCAUCCUACGUGGCUCCGGAUUUGGCCAGUGACAUCCGUCGUCACUUUGCCCACUCGUUGCGCAUCCGGAAGGCGUCCUUCAGCUGCCAGUACGUGACCGAACACGCAACGUUUUCGCUGCCAGCCGACAUCGAAGAACUUCCGGUGGCGCUCCAGGAGCAGCUGUACGAGGAGCUGCUCGACCGGGAUGCCCAGAAGCAGCUGGAAAUGCCACCGCCGGCUCUGAAUUGGUCGUUGGAGAUCACCGAGCGACUGGGCUCUCGUUUGAUGGUGCUAUGGAACCGGAGUGCCGGCGAUUGCUUGCUCGAUUCGGCCAUGCAAGCGACGUGGGGCGUAUUUGAUCGUGAUAAUACUUUAAGGAGAGCCCUGGCUGAUAGUUUACAUCAGUGUGGUCAUUUUUUCUAUCCACGCUGGAAGGAAAACGAGUUAAUCCAAGCUGCGCUACUGCACUACACACUAGCCGAUACGCAACUGGAAAUCGAUUGGAGUUCCCUGCUAACGCUCGCUAGUCAGCCUGGAUCUUCGCUCGAGCAGUUGCAUAUAUUCGCGCUUGCACAUAUUCUGCGCCGGCCUAUCAUCGUAUACGGAGUAAAGUACGUAAAAAGUUUCCGCGGCGAAGACAUCGGUUACGCGCGGUUCGAGGGAGUUUAUCUACCAUUGCUGUGGGAGCAAAGCUUCUGCAUAACGUCGCCGAUCGCCCUAGGCUACACCAGAGGACAUUUCAGUGCCCUUGUUCCAACGGAACCGUACUCGCGGAUAGAUGCCGCUCGGGACGAUAGAGAAGACAUCACCUUUUUGCCACUUAUGGAUUGCGAAAUGAAGCUUUUGCCUAUCCAUUUUCUAAAUAACAGCGAGAUCGGUCGGGAAGAGGCUAUCAUGCGCCAAUGGCUAGAUAUCUGCGAAACUGAGGGGCUAUUAGUAGCACAGCAGAAAUUGCAUAAACGUCCACUGUUAGUCGCUCAAAUGCUCGAAGAAUGGCUUAAUCACUACCGGAGAAUAGCUAUCUCAAGGCUUUUUUAAUCGUCGAAACGGCUUGCUGGGAGAUUUUAACAAAAGAUUCUUAAAAAAAAACGUAGAGCAGAGAAACGACACGACAAAUUCCUGUUAAGUAAACCAAUUACACAGCUAGCAAAAAUCCGAAAAUCGGGCUUUGAAAUUAUCUACGAAAAUUAGCACUGUUUCACAUUUGCAUCGAAAGUCAAUUAUUGUAAUGUUAUAGAAAAUGCUACAGCAGUAAUCAAAAAACCGUAUCAUAAAACGAUUAUUCGCAUCAUUCUGCACAAAUGCUGUUAUUACCUACUUGUGAUGAACCCGCUGUCGGUAUCCGCAAACGGUACUGAGACAUCCAAAAUCUCCCAGACCCAUAUCGUAUAACCCCCCUGAACAACAGUUUUCCCACCAAAAUUCCUAGAAAAGGCAGUGUAGCACACGGUAGUUGUUUGCGAGAAUUGAUAGCUAAGCGAUGCACUAAGUACUUUACAAUUUGAAAAAUUGCUAAAUACACCAUGCCAACCUAAUCAAGAUAGAUCCAAUCUAUUGACUCGAACACUACUUACUACAGCUCUGUUAUGUUUGUUAAGUUUUAUGGAAUUUAAAACUAUUUUCGGGUUUCUACUUUGGUGUGUACAUACCUUCGUUUAUUCGAAUUUUUAAGUGAGUUAUCUAUAUACAUAAAUGACGCAAAUAAAUUAUUUUCAGAAGUCAGCGAUAAAUA